ACAAAGCAGUGCAGACUGGGUACUCUGACUUCCUGACUUGCAACCAUGCUACAGGCAAUCGUUUUUGCUAUCUUGGCCCUGUCCUGUAUCCAUGCUAUGCCAGCACCUAUCACUGACAAUAAUAUCAGUCCAUCGGACCGUCAGUUUGCCGAGGGUUACUUGGACAAAUACUACUUGAUGACAGCAAAAUCAAAGAACACCUUUGCGGAAAAAAUCAAAGAGAUGCAAAAGUUCUUUGGGAUGUCGGUGACAGGGAGGUUGGACUCGGACACCAUGGCAAUGAUGAAGACCCCCCGGUGCGGAAUGCCCGAUGUUGCAGAGUUCAGACAGUUCCCUGGGAGGCAGAGAUGGACAAAAACCCAGCUGACAUACAGAAUUGUAAAUUACACUCCUGACCUUCCUCGCUCAAUGGUAGAUGAAGCAAUACGGUUGGCAUUUAAAGUGUGGAGUGAUGUGACCCCACUAAAAUUCACACGAAUUUCCUCCAGACGGGCAGACAUAAUGAUCCAGUUUGGAGCCCGCUCGCAUGGAGAUUUCAUCCCAUUUGAUGGCCCUAAUGGAGUUCUAGCUCAUGCCUUUGCUCCAGGUAGUGGCAUAGGAGGUGAUGCCCAUUUUGAUGAAGAUGAAAGAUGGACCAGUACUAGUGCAGGUUUCAAUUUGUUCCUUGUAGCGGCACAUGAAUUUGGGCACUCGCUGGGAUUAGACCACUCUAGAGACCCACGUGCGUUGAUGUUCCCAAGCUAUCGUUAUAUGAACACCAGGAACUUCCGCUUGCCACAAGAUGAUGUCAAUGGAAUACAGUCAAUAUAUGGGAGAAAAACUGGCAAAUAGUACCAGUUGGGUUUUUAUGUGAAGGUGUUAGAUCAACAUAAACAUAUGUUCAGUGCUUUAGCAUGAUGAUCAUUUUAUUCUUAUAUCAAAGGAGAAUCUAGAUGCCCAAGCCUUAGCAUAUGUUACCUGUGGCAUUAUGUUCCGCUUUAUCUACUUGCAAACAGAACCUUACUGUUGAGAUGAAUAGAGGGAUCUGUUACAGUUUGCAAUAUAAUGUUACUGCAGGGGACACAUUUGCUGUAGAUAACUAUAAAGUAUUUUCCUAGCAACCUGAAGGUUGGAGAGCAUAUACUGAAACAUGCAAAAGCCUCAGUAGAAAGGUACUUAGGAAAUACUCAAAAAAGCACAGAUGCACUUUCAUCUUGGCAAUGUGGAUAGAAUGGCAGCUUAUUAGUUUUAAAGGGUGCACGUGGUUUAUCAGAUAAGGAUUCUGGCAUUGGUUCAUCCAAGAUUUGCCUGAAGUGAAGGUUCUACACCAAGACAUUGGCCCAAAGUCUUCUCCUCACACUACUGCCAAGACCCCAGAACAGUAUUAACUCAAAUAUUUUGCAGGACAUUUGUACAAAACACAUGCAUAUAGAAUUCUCUGGGCAGUUACCCGAAAAGACAGCCAAUGAUUGUAGCCAUGAAUACUUAGAAGUACUUGGUGGUUUGUCUACUGUGCUACUCAAUAGGACAUAUUUAUUAUAGUGUGUACGCCAACAUCAACGGUGAUGUUGCUCCAGGGUCGGACUGGGCUGUGAAGGGCCCACCGGGGCUC